AGAGAGAGAGAGAGAGAGAGGAUCCACCACGCUGCACCGGUGCACCACGGGGGUGCGCAUUCAAACUGACCAGCGCGUCUCUCUCACCGUGCAGACUCCGUACCUCUCUCCUCAUCCAGCACUGAGCAACUUGACUGCGGCUGUCAGCGGGAGCCGGUGCAGAGGAGUUGUGAAGAAUAGAACGGGGGAGGAGUCAAUGUUCUCUCCUCAGCUCACUGUGACUGGGAGCUCUGUGAGGGUUUGAGCCCGUCAGGACCCCUUUGCUGCAGCCCCCCCUCUCAGGUUUGGUACUUUCCACCCACAGUCCUAAAGCAAAAAAAACAGCAAUUAGCUAAAGUUCCGGACCUGACUCCGCCCACUCUGCUCUGGGUCCCCUUUGCCAUGGCCUUCACCCUGUCAGAGAUUAUGGCGGCGAGGCGGCAGCAGUCGCAGGCUCAGUCACAGGCCCAGCGAGGCAACCGGACCACGGUGGAGGUGGACGAGUACAGCACCAACCCCACUCAGGCCUUCACCUUCUACAACAUCAACCAGGGACGCUUCCAGCCACCACACGUCCACAUGGUGGACCCAAUGGCCCACGACACGCCGAAGCCACCAGGCUACACCCGUUUUGUGUGCAUCUCAGACACUCACUCUCGGACAGACAGCAUCCAAAUGCCAUAUGGAGACGUGUUCAUCCACGCCGGAGACUUCACCGAGCUGGGACUACCGUCCGAGGUCAAGAAGUUUAACGACUGGCUAGGUACCCUGCCCUACGACAUCAAGAUAGUAAUUGCCGGAAACCAUGAGUUGACCUUUGACCAAGAGUUUAUGGCUGACCUGAUCAAGCAGGACUUCUACUACUUCCCCUCUGCCUCCAAGCUGAAGCCGGAAAAUUAUGAGAAUGUCCAGUCGCUGCUCACUAACUGCAUCUACAUGCAGGAUUCUGAGGUCAGCGUAAGGGGCUUCAAGAUCUACGGCUCCCCCUGGCAGCCCUGGUACUAUGGUUGGGGUUUCAACUUACCACGGGGUCAGGCUCUGCUGGACAAGUGGAAUCAGAUCCCCGAAAACACAGACAUCCUGGUCACACACUGCCCCCCACUGGGUUUCUUGGACUGGGUGCCGAAGAAGAUGCAGCGUGUCGGGUGCAUGGAGCUCCUCAACACGGUCCAGAGGAGAGUCCAGCCCAAAUUACAUGUGUUUGGACACAUUCAUGAAGGUUAUGGCAUGAUGACAGAUGGGACCACCACAUUUGUCAACGCCUCGGCAUGCACCGUCAACUUCCUGCCCAUGAACCCACCCAUUGUCUUUGACCUCCCCAACCCUAGGACCACAUGACUAGAGGAAGCUGUCCCGCAAACGCUCACGGCCAAUCAGGAAAAAGGAGCAGGCAAAAAUAGUUCUAGGUCGGGCUUUUUGGACUUGAAAGGGACAGCAGGUAACAUGCAAUGUAAAGGUGCUACAUCCUCACCCAGCAUCUGAACAGAGAUGAUUGAUUUUCAUGUUUAAAUCUCUGUGUCGCUCACAGGAGAGAUGGAACUUUUUUUUAUCCUUAUUCAAGACAAAUUUGCUGACAAAUUUGUAACUUAAUGUACUGUAACUGGUCUAUGUAAAUGUUCUCUGUCAAUACAAAAAUGUUUUUUCUGUAAGAUUUCCAAGUUGUUGCACUGCUUUUUAAAAUACUUAAGUAUCUGUGUCCAGAGAUGUGCGGUUGUUUCUUUUCAUUCAGUCUAUUUCUUAGUAAUGUAAUUGUUACUUGUUAAUGUUAAUUUUGGUACGGUCUUCUCUGUGCCAAUUAAGUGAUUGUUAACUCUCAUGUCCUUUAGCAGUUUAUCUGUUUUAAAAAGCUUUUCUUUUCUCUUUCUUUGUAUUCUGUUUUCUGUAUAUGGCCAUUCCAACUGAAUCUGAAUGUGCACAACACAUCGCACUUUGAUCUCUCGUCAUUAAGUCCAAAGGUUCCCCGGAGCUACAGUUUAUUCCCGAUUCACUGUCACUCAUUCAUUCAUUUAGUCAUCUUACAGUGUCCAAAGGUGCACAUGCAGAAUGAGCACCAAGAGACCCAUGUCUGUAGGCACUUGUUAGACCAAGCGCACUUUUACACCUGAGUGUACAAGUACAGGACCAGUUGAAAUUUGAGUUGAGCUUUUCUUCAAAGGGCACAUUCUUGGUUAAGGUUAGAAAUGGGAUACGUUUCAAGUUCAUAAAACACACGUCUGGUGAUUCAUUUGUUCAUCAACAGGUCCUAAAGUUCAUAGAGAGAUUAAUUUGUCACUCAUCAACACCACAGUUCCUGGAGCAUAUUAGAGACUAGUAAGGAGUUCAGACAGACUUUCCCCAUAGACUAUAUUAUGAUCUGCUUAUGUAAAGGUUGUUGUUGGAUCAGUACCACAGUUGCAGAUUUAUGCCCACAACCAACAAGCAUGUGAAAGCAUCAGAGCAGACUGCUUUGGCAGCUUCUGCAUCCAAAUAUUGAAAUCUUCAUCAUGAUACAAAGUCAGCUGAGG